CUCCCCCACCCCCACCCCUCUUCCAACCAGGCCGAUGGUCUGACCCCGUCCGCCCCGCGCGGCCUCUCAGCAGCAGCGGCUCGCGGGCGCCCAGGCGCCGGCGCUGCCCAGCCUCCCCGCCGGCCGGCCGCGAUGCCGAACGUGCAGCUGCCGCCCAAGGAGAGCAACCUUUUCAAACGCAUCUUGAAAUGUUACGAACAGAAGCAAUACAAAAAUGGCCUCAAGUUUUGCAAGAUGAUUCUUUCAAACCCAAAAUUUGCUGAACAUGGAGAGACUUUGGCUAUGAAAGGAUUAACAUUGAACUGUUUAGGAAAAAAAGAAGAAGCUUAUGAAUUUGUUCGUAAAGGACUUCGUAAUGAUGUCAAGAGUCAUGUCUGUUGGCAUGUAUAUGGACUCUUGCAGCGUUCUGAUAAGAAGUAUGAUGAAGCUAUUAAGUGUUACCGAAAUGCCCUCAAAUUAGACAAAGAUAAUCUGCAAAUUUUGAGAGAUCUCUCUCUAUUGCAGAUCCAAAUGAGAGAUCUUGAAGGUUACAGAGAGACAAGAUAUCAGCUUCUUCAGUUACGCCCAACACAACGUGCUUCCUGGAUUGGAUAUGCUAUUGCAUACCAUUUGCUGAAGGAUUAUGAUAUGGCACUAAAACUAUUGGAAGAAUUUAGACAAACUCAGCAAGUUCCCCCGAAUAAAAUAGACUAUGAAUAUAGUGAACUGAUAUUAUACCAGAAUCAGGUGAUGCGAGAGGCAGAGCUAUUUCAGGAAUCUUUGGAACAUAUAGAAACAUAUGAGAAACAAAUAUGUGAUAAGCUUUUAGUAGAAGAAAUUAAAGGAGAAAUGUUGUUGAAGUUGGGAAGACUUAAAGAGGCCAGUGAAGUAUUCAAGAACUUGAUUGAUCGGAAUGCAGAAAAUUGGUCUUAUUACGAAGGUCUGGAAAAAGCUCUGCAACUUAGCACUUUAGAAGAGAGACUUCAAGUUUAUGAAGAAAUUAGUAAGCAGCACCCCAGAGCAAUUUCACCUAGAAGAUUACCUUUGAAUCUUGUCCCAGGUGAAAAAUUUAGAGAACUAAUGGAUAAAUUCCUGAGGAUUUACUUCACUAAAGGCUGUCCACCCUUGUUUACUACUUUGAAAUCUUUAUAUUACAAUACAGAAAAGAUUUCUAUAAUCCAGGAACUUGUGACUAACUAUGAAGCCUCUCUUAGAACAUGUGACUUUUUCAGUCCUUAUGAGAAUGGGGAGAAGGAACCCCCAACGACACUCCUCUGGGUUCAGUAUUUCCUGGCACAGCACUUUGAUAAACUUGGACAAUAUUCUUUGGCUUUAGAUUAUAUUAAUGCUGCAAUUGGUAGCACACCAACACUAAUUGAAUUAUUCUAUAUGAAAGCCAAAAUUUACAAGCAUAUAGGCAAUCUCAAAGAAGCAGUAAAAUGGAUGGAUGAAGCACAGUCUUUGGACACAGCUGAUAGGUUCAUCAAUUCCAAAUGUGCAAAAUAUAUGCUUCGAGCAAAUAUGAUAAAAGAAGCAGAGGAAAUGUGCUCCAAAUUCACAAGGGAAGGAACAUCUGCCAUGGAGAAUUUAAAUGAGAUGCAGUGUAUGUGGUUUCAGACAGAAUGCAUUUCAGCUUACCAGCGUUUGGGGAGAUACGGGGAUGCCUUGAAAAAAUGCCAUGAAGUAGAAAGGCAUUUUUUGGAGAUAACUGAUGAUCAAUUUGACUUCCAUACAUACUGCAUGAGAAAGAUGACUCUUCGUGCUUAUGUUGAUCUUUUGAGAUUAGAAGAUGUACUCAGAAGACAUGCCUUUUAUUUUAAGGCUGCUAGAUCAGCAAUUGAAAUAUACUUGAAGUUGUAUGAUAAUCCGUUAACUAAUGAGAGCAAACAACAAGAAAUAAAUUCAGAAAACCUGUCAGCUAAAGAGCUGAAGAAAAUGCUUAGUAAGCAGAGAAGAGCCCAGAAAAAGGCAAAAUUAGAAGAAGAAAGGAAGCAUGCAGAAAGAGAGCGUCAACAUAAAAGUCAAAAGAAAAAGAGAGAUGACGACGAAGAAGAAGCCAGUGGCCACAAAGAAGAACUUAUACCUGAAAAGUUAGAAAGGAUGGAGAAUCCAUUAGAGGAGGCUAUCAAGUUCCUAAUACCUCUUAAGACUCUUGUUGCUGAUAACAUUGAUACUCAUCUGUUAGCUUUUGAAAUUUAUUUUAGGAAAGGAAAAUUUCUAUUAAUGUUACAGUCUGUGAAACGAGCUUUUGCCAUCAACAGCAAUAACCCAUGGUUGCAUGAAUGUUUAAUUAAAUUUUCUAAAUCUGUGUCUGAUCAUAGUAAUCUUCCAGACAUUGUGAGCAAAGUUCUAUCUCAAGAAAUGCAAAAAAUAUUUGUUAACAAGAAUUUGGAAAAUUUCAAUGAGGAUUUUCUCAAACAUAAUGCUACCUCUCUUCAACAUUUACUUUCAGGUGCUAAAAUGAUGUAUUUUCUGGACAAGUCAAGGCAAGAGAAAGCAAUUGCUAUUGCCACUAGACUGGAUGAAACUAUAAAAGAUAAAAAUGUAAAGACUUUAAUAAAGGUUUCUGAGGCACUCCUUGAUGGCAGCUUUGGGAACUGUCAUUCCCAGUAUGAGGAAUAUAGGAUGGCCUGUCAUAACUUGCUUCCUUUUACAUCUGUUUUCCUGCCCGCUGUGAAUGAAGUUGAUGGCCAUAACGUGGCACUGAACCACACUGCUAACUGUGAUGUUUUGGCAAAUGAAAUAUGAAUCUUAUCAAAAGUUGACUCUUAGAAUUCAAAGCUGAAUUCAGAUAAAGGAUUUCUUUUCCAGGAUAUAAUGUAAUAUAGAUAUGGAAUGAAAUAAUUGGGUAGAAUUUUUUAAAUGGAGUAUUCCAUAAGGUUAUUUUAUUCUUUAUCUGACUGCCAAUUUACAUAAACAUGUUAAAAUUACCUGUUUGUACUUGUACAGUUUCUUAAACUCUGAAAUUAUUAGCAUUGUGAUAGGUGCUGUCACUUUUAUAUCAUAAAUGCGAAAUUUUUUUGUUAACCUAAGUUGUGUAUUUUGAUCCCUUAUUGGUUUAUUACUGAUUUUAUUUGCUUACUUUAUAAUUAAAGCAUAUCUGUCUUAACUGUUAAAGGCUAUAUGAAAUCCUUCCUGGCAAAUAUUGAUGUUUAUUUUAAAAUUUAAUUUGCCCUUUUCACCUUAAUUUCUUUCAUGAUUAUUAUUUCUUUCCUAAUAUACACAAAAAAAGUGAUACUUUCUAGUUAAAGAAAUUAUUCCAGGUAUACAUAGAUUAUUUGAAUGUAGGGGUUGGUUUACCUCUUAAUCAUUGAAAUUCACUAGUGGAUUUAUUGCAUAUUUAAGACCCAAAGGCAAGAACUUUGCUUUCUUGAUUAUGUUGCUUUGCAUGUUAACAAGUAGUUUCUAUCUGAGUGGUGCGCUUCUAGGGAGAGAAAGAGGGCAGAAUACAAAUGAUAAUAAAAUAGUCUUAUAGCCAUACAUUGACUAUUAAAAGCAUUUUUAUAGCAGCAGAAUGAGAAUGUACACCAUCAUUAGUUUAACCAUUAAAACAGUAUUGUUUAGUAAUAUGUUUUCUGGGAGGAUAAUAUCUGAGAGAAUUUUUUGUUCUGUCUUAUACAAAUGGCAGUAAUAGAAUAAUCUGAUGUUUGUUUCUGAAAUGUAAAUAUGUCUGUAAUGUUAAUACUUCCCUUUCAGGAAAAAGGAAUUCUACAAAGGGAGAUACUAUUUGGAUAAAAAGUUAUAAUUAAAAUGGUUUUCUUUUACUCUAAUCUAUUUAGAUUCUUAAUUAUUCAAAUAAAACAACCUCACUGUAAAAUAAUGCCACCAUAUAUAAUGCUGAAUAAAUUAUUUUGUACACAG